AUGUCUCAGAGCCCCCCUGGCAGCUCUGUGGACAAGACCUUUCUCCUGGAGUACCGAUGCCACCCCAUGCGGCCGGAGCCCCCCAGCCCGACCUCCACCCCCGGGAAGCGUGGCUCUGCCGUGGCGCCCGAUGCUGCCUCGCUCUCGGCAAUGGGCUCUCCCACCUCGGCUGAGCCCCGCCGCAGCAUCCUCAGCACGGACAGCCCAGCCGCGCUGAAGGUGGGAACCCAGCAGCUGAUCCCCAAAAGCUUGGCUGUCUCCACCAAGAUCAAGAACAACCCCUCCCGGCACCAGAGCUUCGGGGCAGCUGGGUCAAGCCGGGAACCCCUGGGUCCUGACCCGAAGCGGGCGUCUGUCCCCAGUCUCUCCCUGGAGGCGGAGGUGGAAGAUGACGGUGGGGGGACCCUCAAGCGCAACCUGAGGAACAUGUCCUACCGCGUGGCCAUGAAGGGCCUGUGUGCGGAGCUGGAGCCGUCGAGCCCCGUCCCCUCGCUGAAACCCAUGUCGGAGGAGGGCAGCGCCCUGCCUGCCCGCAGCCCCGGCAGGAACAAGAGAACCUUUGGGCGGAAGCGGGUGCAGAAGCGUGGCGGCUCGUUCAAGGACCAGCCCCGGCUGUAUCAGGAAAUCCGUGAGAGAGGUCUGAACUCUGUCAGCCAUGAGUCAGAUGAGGAUUUGCUGGAGGAAUCCAUCCCAGAAGAGCCAUCCCCUCCGGAUGCCGCUAUUGUGGUGCGGAGCUAUCGCCCGGCGCAGGUGACCUGGAGCCAGCUCCCGGAGGUGCUGGAAGCGGGCAUCCUGCAAAAGAUAUCCCCCGAAGAGCGCAAACGGCAGGAGGCAAUGUUUGAGAUCAUCACUUCUGAGUACUCCUACAUGCACAGCCUGAGCAUCCUGGUGUGCCACUUCAUGAGGUCGGAGGAGCUGAAGGAGACCAUGACUCAGACGGAGCACCACCACCUCUUCUCCAACAUCAGCGACGUCCUGACGGUCAGCACGAGCUUCUUCGAAGACUUAGAGAAGCGACACCAGGAAAACCUCCUAAUUCCUGACAUCAGUGACAUAGUGGAAGAACAUGCCUCGAACCACUUCAAUCCUUACGUCAGCUACUGCUCCAAUGAAGUCUACCAGCAGAGGACACUUCAGAAGCUGCUAACCACAAACCCCUUAUUUAAAGAGACCUUGAAACAAAUUGAAAGGAAACCAGAAUGUGGAGGCCUGCCAAUGAUAUCAUUUCUCAUUCUCCCUAUGCAGAGAGUAACACGGCUUCCUCUGCUGUUAGAUACUGUCUGUCAAAAAACAAAAGCAUGCACUGCAGCGUAUGGAGCUGCCACCAGAGCUCUGAAAGCCAUCAGCAAGCUGGUUAAGAACUGCAAUGAGGGAGCUCGUGCUAUGGAGAGGACAGAGCAGAUGUACACCCUGCAGAAACAGCUGGAAUUUGGAAAGAAGAAGCCUUUCCCGCUGAUUUCUGCUUCCCGCUGGCUGCUGAAGCGGGGGGAGCUGUACCUGCUGCUGUCAGAAGAGGUGGGCAUCUUCCGCCGAGGUGCCGGCAGGCUCUGCUACCUCUUCUUGUUCAACGACGUCCUGAUCAUAACCAAGAAGAAGAGCGAGGAGAGCUACACCGUCAUGAACUACGCCACGCUGGACCAGAUCACGGUGGAGAAGAUUGAGAACACGGACCCUCCUUCCCCUCCUCCCGGCAAGACUGGGAGUGGCGGCACGGCCCGCGGCCCGGCCAGCGGGCACCUGCUCCGGGUAGUGAUGGAGAAGGACAGCGAGGGCAGGCGGGAGGAGAUUGUGCUGUCGGCGGAGACGCUGAGUGACCGGGCCCGGUGGAUUGCUGCGCUGAUGCACAGAGAAAAGGAAAAGCCUGACACCACUCCUAAAGGAGAUCUGAGCCAAGUGGAGAUAACCCAUGCAUACCUGGCUAAACAGGCAGAUGAGAUUUCCCUGCAGCAGGCUGACGUUGUCCUGGUGUUGGGUGGAGAGGAUGGCUGGUGCUGGGGUGAGAGGCUGAGGGAUGGUGAAAGGGGCUGGUUUCCCCAGUCCUGCGCUCGGCAGAUCACCAGCCGCACAGCGGUGGAGUGCAACGUCCGCCGGAUGGAGCGGCUGCGGAUAGAGACCGACGUGUAG